AUGUCAGGAGAUAAAAGUUCGAAAGCUUCUGAAGCAGCUGCUAGCCGAACAGUUAUGCUGCUAUGGAACGAUCAAUACGUGAAUCGUACCAGACAAAUGUCGAAUUAUGGAUCCAAUGCUGGUUUUGAAGUCACAUUUUCUAGUAUUUUAGAGAAAGUGGAUCCUGAAGCUGUUCAUUUCCAAAUGCGACCCAUGGAUAAAGAAAAAGUCGCUUUCCUCUCUCUAACUAAGAAUAGGCCAGAGGCUGCACUGUGCUUAAUUCGACACCACAAAAGCAAAAAUUAUGAAGUUAUAUUCCUAAGUGUUCCAAUCAUUGAAGAAGACGAUACCAGAGACAUAAGCACACGAAUGGAGGAUGCGAUAAAGUCACUGACAGACCAUGAUGUCAUUUGGAAAUUUUCCAUGCUCAUGCUUGAGCCCUAUAUGGGAGAACAGCAAAUGGCAUUUCAAGUCGUUGAUCGCGCUUAUUACCCUAAUGAUACCAUUUUCUUCUUUGCUCAUGGGACUGCAGCUUUGUUCAAAAGACCUAGAAACUACAUUCCACGAGACAGCAUCUUUUCGAUCUUACCAGCUGUAAAGUAA